AUGGCGGCGGCGUCGGCAAAUUUUCGCUGCUACGACGGCGAGUCGGAAGAAUGGGAGCUUUACAGAGAGCAAUUGGAACAAUUUUUUGUUUCCAAUAAGAUUGCGGACGACAUGAAGAAAGCAGUUCUGAUCAACCAUCUCAGUGCGCGUACGUAUAAGCUUCUUCGUGACUUGUGUACUCCUGAUCAGCCGAAGGAAAAAAGUUACAAAGAUCUAUGCACAGUGUUGUCAACGCACUUCACGCCUCCGGUCGUCGUGCACAAAGAGAGAAGAACUUUUUUCCGAGCUCAACGAGGGGAGGGCGCCCCCGAGUCAAUUAACGACUGGAUUGUACGGAUCAAAAAUCUCGCAGCAAACUGCAAGUUUGGAGGUGCAUUGCAGCACAACCUGGUCAAUAAGUUUAUUGAUGGACUAGGUGGUAAGGCGUUCGAGUGGUUAAAACCGAAAGCAAAAGUUAGUCAAUGGCAGAACAACAACAAUGGAAAACGGUCGGGUGGCUUCAGAGGUUGUUUUGCUUGCUGCAGAGAGGGACACCAGCGAAAGGAUUGCCCUUUCAAGAACUACGUUUGCAACAAAUGUAGCGAAAAAGGUCACCUACAAGCCGCUUGUAAUUUCCAGAAGAAUCACUACGUGGCGGAAUCCUCUGGCCCAGAGAGAGGAAACGUCUCCGAAAACGACGAGCAAAUUGCGGUUCAGCAGCAAUAUAUUACUGUGGUUGCAGAGGAGGGCCCUCCGUUACUAGGAAAAAACUUCAUGAAAGCUUUUGGAAUUCGUCUGGCCAUCAUCAACAAUGUGGGUAAUAGCACGGUGCUCGAGGAACUUUUAUCCAAGUAUCGUGAACUCUUCAAUGGGGAAUUGGGACGCUACAGACACUGUACGGUUUCUUUGGAAACAGAGGAAAGCGCUAUUCCGGUAUUUAAAAAACCUCGACAGGUACCGUUUAAGUUUCAUAGUCAGAUGAAUACAGAAUUGGAGAAGAUGGAACGUGCGAGUGUAAUCACGAAGUGUGACAGCUCACCAUGGGGAACACCAUUAGUGCCGGUGCUUAAAUCAGAUGGUGGAUUGAGACUUUGCGGUGAUUAUAAGGUAUCGGUCAACCGGUUUGUUAAAGACGUAAAGCAUCCCCUACCCACGGUGGACGAGACUUUUGCUCGAUUGAACGGGGGACAAAAGUUUUCGAAGUUGGACUUAUCUAAGGCGUAUAACCAGUUCGAGCUUGCAGAUGCAUCUAAGGAACUGUGUGCUAUUUCAACCAUCAAAGGAGUAUAUAAAAUGAAUCGUCUGCCAUUCGGCGUUAAGCCGGCAUCGGGAAUCGUACAGCGCGAAAUAGAGAAAUUAUUCUGCGGUAUCCCAGGGGUGCAAAAUCUUUUGGACGAUGUUAUCGUCACGGGCAGUUCGGACGAAGAGCAUAUGGCGCGACUCGAACAGGUGUUCGAGGUUCUCGAGAAGGCAGGACUUAAGCUAAAUAAGGAUAAAUGUCAAUUCUUUAAGGACGAAGUGACGUUUAUAGGUUACGUAAUCAACAGGUUCGGCCUGAAAAAGACGGAUGAGAGAAUCCGCUCCAUUCGCGAUGCGCCUGCUCCGAAAAACGUGACAGAGGUCAGGGCAUUUGCAGGGCUGGUGAAUUACUAUGCCAAAUUCGUCAAAGGCCUGGCGGAUCUGAUGAGUCCAAUUUACAAAUUACUGAAAAAGGGAACAGUUUUUAUUUAG